AUGGCGGCCAGUGGAGCACGAAGAAUCUUCCAAUACUCUUCAUCGUCUUCCUCGAAGACCCUUUUCUCCGGUGCCAGCUUAGCCGGAAAUGGAAGGACUUCUACUUUCGCUAAGAAAGCCUCCAAGCUGAGUGGGCUGUCUCCUCCUAAGCCGAGCUCUUCUUCCCCGCUCUCACACCCUAGGCUCGCCUUCUCCAGGCUUCCUGUGGAGUUAGGCGGUGCUCUCACUUUGAUGCCGUUGCAUAGUGCCACUUCAUCUGCAUUGUUCACUUCGUUGCUAUCCUUGCACAGCCAAAGCUGGGGCUGUCUAUCAGAAGGUUUUGCGACACCACUAUAG